UAUCUUGUUUACGUAAUAUUAAAGUUAACUAAGCAAUUUCAUGAUAUUUUUGAUGUCUAUGAAUAGGUCCAGAAUUCUGGGGAAUACUCAAUCCUGACUGGCAUUUGUGUAGUAAAGGACAUCGACAGUCACCCAUUGAUAUAAAACCUAAUCUUUUAUUAUAUGAUCCCAAUCUCAGACCUAUUCAUUUAAAUAAAAAUAGAGUGAAUGGCAUUCUGGAGAAUAACGGCCACAGCGUUGUCUUCCAUUUAAAUAGAUCUCCAGAGGAAAGUGAUGCCAUUGUCUCAAACUCAAUAAACAGUCCCUCUUCUAGUGCCACCACAAGUGUAAUCAACAUAAGCGGAGGACCCCUUUCCUACACCUAUAGCUUUCAUUCAUUGCAUCUACACUUUGGUCGAACCGAUUCAUACGGUUCUGAACAUAGAAUAUCAGGGCUUUCAUUCCCGGCUGAGAUUCAAAUCUUAGGAUACAAUUCAGAGUUAUAUCAAAAUAUGAGCGAAGCCUCCACUAAACCAAAUGGUUUGGUUGCUAUCGCACUGUUGGUUCAGUCUGGAGAGACGAGCUCUGAAGAACUGCGAUCAUUGACAUCUCAAUUGCAACACAUUAGAUACAGAGGCCAAAACGUAACUCUCAGGUCAUUGAGUAUUAGAGAUUUAGUUCCUGAUGACCGCUUUUAUAUGACAUAUGAGGGGUCGCUAACAAUGCCCUCAUGUUCUGAAGUGGUCACUUGGAUUAUCAUCAAUAAGCCUCUCUUCAUAACAAGACAACAGUUAUACGCAUUGAGGAAAUUAAUGCAAGGAGAGGCAGAGCUGCCGAAAGCUCCGCUCGGAGACAAUUAUCGUCCGAUACAGCCUUUGAACGAACGAGUCGUGCGAACCAACAUUGACUUCAAGAGGGAACAGGGAACUGUCUGUCCAACCAUGAAGAGGAAUUUGCAUUAUGAAGAUGUGUGGCCUAAAGGCAAUGAGAGUACAUAUUAA